AUGUCUACAUACUUCAGCAAAUUCUCUUUAAACAAGUUCGCCGAUACAAUAACCAAUGCCGCGCACAAAACCCAGGAUACGCUGAGUUCGGCAAUCGCCAACAUUCAGUUAGAUGACCCUCAGGCAAAAUUGUCACUGAAAGCAAGAAAACACUAUCUACAAGAAACUUUGGGCACUAUAGAAGAUAUAAGUAAGUUGCCACCUCAGUACCAAUUUUUGGAAAAAAAGUGCGAUUCCCUAGAAAAAGUGUGCAAAAGAAUGUUGGUUGUCACCAGGACUUUUGAAGUAGAAGGUUACGAUUAUCCACCUAACUUGAGUGAGAGCUUGUCAGACUGGUGGUCGUCUAAUAAGGGUGGGCUUUUCAAUUUUGUUAGCGCCGGAGGUAACAAAGAAAAAGAAGCAGGCACUAGUAGCGAGCACGAUGAGCCAUCAUCGGGUGCUGACACUUUGAUGCCCAAAUCUUUCUCGCAAGCGAUUGCAAAAGCCGCGAAAGACUCUGGUGAGGUUUUCAACGGUUUGAGGGAGGAAGAGAGAAAAUCAUCAGUGGAAGAAGAGGAAGAUGAAGAUGAAGAUUUGACCCCAUUGAUCACGAUGUUUGAAGCCUGGUCUCAAGUACAAAACAAAAUGGACCAGGGUAAAACAGAGAUGGAUAAUUUAAUGGCAAAAGAGUUUAAUAGCAAGCUUUCCAGCCUAAUUGAAGAGAAAUUUAAAAAUGCUCGCACUUUACGUAAAAAGGUUGAGGACUCCAGACUCAAGUUUGAUACUAUGCGUUACGAAGUCAAGCUGACGGAACAACAGAAAAACGCAGCUUCUCAGGCAGUAAAUGAUAACACCAGCGCCGAUUCUCGUAAGGAUGUUGUAGAGGCAUCUCAGGAUGGCUCAGAAGAGCCGGCCAACUCUGCCCCCGAGGCAAGCGAGCUCGUGGAGGGAGCUGAGAGUGAAGCACAGAAAUUAUUAGAGAAAUUGGAAGACGAGUUCGUCUCCAACACAACUGAAGCUGUGGAGGUCAUGGGAGAAAUCACGGACAGUGCAGAAUUGAUAAACUUGGUGAAACUGUUCCACAGUUUCCAAUUAGCUUACCACAGACAGUGUGCGCAGGAUUUGGAGAAUAGCCUAAAGGUUCUUACCGAUCUUGAAACCGAAGGCGUUUGA